CCAUUCGAAAGUAUGGGCCGGCGCCCUUAUUGACGCGGCCAGACACAUUAGCACAGGCCCGCCUGCUGACCACCAGUGCAGUCCUAAACACUAACUUCUUCAACAAAUUACCCGCUUCACAUCUGUGGGAAAGUAUAACGACGGUGAGCAAUGCGGGCAAGAAAAGGGGCCGAGCCAAAACUGUGUCCAAGAAAAAUAUCAAGGACCUAAACAAGGGCCAAAUCAUCGGAGUUGGUAAGGCCAACAUUGUAUGGCCAGGGCUGUCUGCCCCCAUAAUCCGAGGCAAGGAGCUGGUGGAGCAGGUGCAACUGCCGGAAGACCCCGACAGAGAGCAAAAGCUAAUAGCGCUUAGAAACACGAUGGGUUUUCGUAAGUUUGCCAAACUGACUCCUUUGGAGAGGGGCUGGUCCGGCAGCAAGAUGCCGGGUAGAAGUCUGGGACCUCCUGAUCCAAUCGGCGAUGAGACAUUCACGGACUUUGACACGCGGGUCUUGGCCCUGAAGACAAUCGUUAUCAUGAAAGGCAAUUUCGGCAGAAAGCGGCGUUUGUCUGCUUUUGUUGUUACCGGCAAUAAACAGGGGCUGGGCGGAUUUGCCAUGGGGAAGGCCUUGGAGGGCCGCGUGGCUCUCAGAAAAGCCAAGAACCGCUCUGCGCAAAAGCUAAUGCAUAUCCGCUUGUUUGAGAAUCAUACAGUGUGUCACAACUUCUUCACGCAAUUCGGAGCGACAAAAAUCUACGUCUGGCAAAAGCCCGAGGGCUACGGUCUGAGGUGCCACAGAGCGAUCAAGACCAUCUGCGAAGUUAUCGGUAUCAAAAACUUAUACGCCAAGGUGGAAGGUUCCACCAACGUAAACUGUGUGGUCAAGGCCUUCUUUUUGGGGCUGAUUAGACAGAAAAGUCCCGAGGAGAUGGCAGAGGAAAAGGGCCUCCACCUGGUCCAGUUCUGUAAGGAAAACAACUACUUUCCGAAAGUGGUGGCGUCGCCUAGCGAGUGCAAGAAAGCUGAAGACAUUUCCAAGGACGAGAUCCUGGACUUUAACCGGUACUGCUUCCAAGGUAAAGUGAUUCUACAGAAGAAGAAGUACGCGCCUUUCUACACCAAGCUGCCCAGUUACUACACAUACGUGGUGAAGCAGGAAAAACUGCGAAACCAACCGGAGGUUCGGAAGAACCUCAUUGCUGAGUACGGGGAAGUGAGAAGCUUUUUAGCCGAUAAAUAUCCAGAGUGCAAGCAGACCAGGCCGCCAAAGAAGGAGCAACAGACAGAGGACGAGGUGGAAUAGACAGAUAAUAUAUGGAGUUUUUUAGUAUGAA